AUGUAUCGCAUUUCCAACAUCUAUGUCUUGGCGGCCUUUGGCACCAUUGGCGGUGCCUUGUUUGGUUUUGAUGUGAGCUCGAUGAGUGCCUGGAUCGGGGCCGACCAGUAUCUGGAGUACUUCGAUCAUCCCGACUCGAACCUGCAAGGCGGUAUCACGGCGUCCAUGUCGGCCGGCUCGUUUGCCGGAGCCAUCGUGGCUGGGUUUAUUUCUGACUAUCUGGGUCGUCGAUUGUCCUUGAUGAUAGCAUCGGCGGUUUGGAUCAUCGGUGCGGUGAUCCAAUGCAGCACACACAGCGUGGCCCAGUUGGUAGCUGGUAGAGUCAUCAGCGGGUUGGCAGUCGGCGUGACGUCAUCGCAGGUUUGUGUCUACCUGGCUGAACUGGCCCCGGCGAAAAUCCGCGGUCGAGUCGUGGGCAUCCAACAAUGGGCAAUCGAAUGGGGCAUCCUGGUCAUGUAUCUCAUCGCGUACGGCUGUUCGAUAUCCGUGGCAGGUCCCGCGGCUUUCCGGAUUUGUUGGGGCGUGCAGGCCGUCCCUGGUUUGAUCCUCGGCCUGGCGCUAAUCUUCUUCCCUGAAUCGCCGCGAUGGCUUGCCGGGAAAGAACGCUGGGAAGAAUGCUUGGAUACGCUGGCAUUGAUCCACGGUAAAGGCGAUCGCAACCACCCGAUGGUACGUGCGGAAUUCGAGGAGGUACAAGAAGCCGCGCGCGUGGCGCAUGAGUCGCAGGAUAUUUCGAUAUUGGCUUUAUUUGGGCCGCGUAUCUGGCAGCGGACCAUGUGCGGAAUCAGCGUGCAAGUGUGGCAGCAACUUCUGGGAGGAAAUGUUGCCAUGUACUACGUUGUGUACAUUUUCCAAAUGGCUGAUAUGGGCGGCAAUCAAUCUCUAACCUCGUCCAUCAUUCAGUAUGUCAUCUUCCUGGUCACUACUGGUGUCGUGCUGCCGUUCAUCGACAAAGCCGGUCGUCGCAUGUUGCUCCUGUCCGGGUCAAUUUUGUGCAUGGCGCUACAUUUUGCCAUCGCCGGUACAAUGGCAACGUAUGGACACUACGCCGACUCGGUCAACGGUAACGAGAACCUGCGUUGGGUGAUUGCCGGCGCACCAGGCAAGGGCGUUAUUGCCUGUAGUUACAUCUUCACUGGCAUUUACGGAUUGACAUGGGCUCCAACGGCUUGGAUCUACUCAUCCGAGAUAUUCCCUCUAAAGUACCGUGCCAAAGGUGUCGGGCUUUCUGCUGCGGGCAAUUGGAUAUUCAACUUCGCAUUGGCUUACUUCGUAGCCCCGGCGUUUACCAACAUCCAGUGGAGAACAUAUCUCAUAUUCGGGGUCUUCUGCACCGUGAUGACACUGCAUGUUUAUUUCCUGUAUCCGGAAACGGCGCAGCGGUCGCUUGAAGAGAUCGAUUACGUGUUCGAUACAGGUGUCAGGGCCUGGAAGUCGCAUGACGUGCACGUUCCUCAGCGUGAGCAGGAUGCGAAGAAGACAGAGGGAGUUGUUCAUGAUGAGCGUGUUUAG